CCCCAUCUCAUUUCUCUCUUCCUCUCCUCUUUCUCACUCUUGCUCCUUCUCUCCUUCAGCUUGGCUUGUCCCCCUGUCUGCUCUGCUUGUUUUCCUUCUUUCUUUCUUUCUUCCUGUCAUUUUUCCCUCUCUGCUUUUUGACUAAUUCCCUCGCUAUCUUAUUUUUAUUUGGGUCAGCAAUUGAUCUUUGUUCUCUGUCUGCUUGCAAACGGUCUGUGUUUCCCCUUCUUCCUGUCACCCCAGUCUUAACACCUUAUGUGUCUCUCGCUCCCUCUGUGUCCGCUGCUCUGUCCUGGGUGUGUGUACUGUCAGCGAAUGUCUCUUGGGUGUAGGUAGAUGUUCCAUAUGGCAGUAUGGGUAAAACUGAGUUAUAUUCUCUCUAUAAGAACUUUCUGGACUGUCUCUGCCACUGCCUGUGUCGAGGUGACAGCCAGACCCCAGUGAAGGACGACAACCAUGGUCACCUGGUUUACGAGAGCGGAGACGUGCUGCAGGAGAGAUAUGAGAUCGUAGACACUCUGGGUGAAGGCACCUUUGGCAAAGUAGUUCAGUGUAUUGACCACAACAAACCCGGGAGCCGAGUGGCCCUGAAGAUCAUAAAGAACGUUGAGAAGUACAAGGAGGCGGCCCAUCUGGAGAUCAACGUCUUGGAGAGGAUCAAUACCAGAGACCCAGACCACAAACAUUUCUGUGUGCAGAUGCUGGACUGGUUUGAUUUCCAUGGCCACAUGUGCAUCAGUUUUGAGCUGCUGUCCCUCAGCACGUUUGACUUCAUGAAACAGAAUCACUACCUGCCUUACCCUGUCAAUCAGAUACGCCACAUGGCCCAACAGAUCUGCCUCGCUGUGCAGUUUCUCCAUGACAACAAGCUGACACACACAGACCUGAAGCCAGAGAACAUCCUGUUUGUGAAUCCGGACUUCUCUGUCACGUUCAACGCUGAGAAGAAACGGGAGGAGAGGACCAUUAAAGACACGUCGGUGAGACUUGUGGAUUUUGGCAGUGCCACUUUUGACCACGAACACCACAGCACCGUCAUCUCUACCAGACACUACCGUGCCCCUGAGGUUUUACUGGAGUUGGGCUGGAGCCAUCCAUGUGACGUGUGGAGUAUUGGUUGCAUUCUGUUUGAGUAUUACCAGGGGUACACGCUUUUCCAGACUCAUGAUAACAGAGAGCACCUGGCUAUGAUGCAGAGAAUACAGGGACCACUCCCUUCCAGCAUGAUCCGAAGGACCAGGAAGCAGAGGUAUUUUGUUCAUGGGAAGCUAUUCUGGGACGAGAACUCCUCAGCUGGAAGAUAUGUCAGGGAGAACUGCAGACCCCUCAAAAAGUACAGGCUAUCAGACUCAGCGGAGCACGAGCAGCUGGUGGAUCUGCUGGGUCGGCUCAUGGAGUACGACCCGUCCAAACGCAUCUCUCUCUCUGCAUCCCUCCGCCAUCCCUUCUUCUCAUCCCUCUCUCCCAGCCUGUCUGCCUACAGCUGGGUUUGGGAGAGCAGCCAGCUGGACAUCAGCAGAUGAGCCCUCCUAACACACACACUCACACACACACACACACACACAC